AUGAAAAUAAUAUCAAAACCCAAUAAAGAGCUCGUUGUAGCAGUGACUUGUCCUGGCGUUUGGCUUUGUACGCAUGGUUAUCUAGAAGUUACCAUCAAAACAUUGGGCUACUUCUUCCGUACCGGCGCGAUGGAACCACGUUUUCCCCUACUUUGUCAUGACAAAUUCAGCAUGGAAGGCUACUUUAAGUCCGUCGGGUCACUAAGCGACCUAGAACGCGUGCUAUCCGCCGAACAAGUAGAGAUAACACUGUGGCAAAAUGGACGGCGCAUGGCUUACUUCUCGGGGAAGCUGGCCGACGUAAUGCAUUCGGAUAUACCUAAACUGACAUGUGAGCAUAAUAUAAAUGUACAAUUGCUGAUGAAGGCUACACCUGCAUUUCCGGGAAUAAUUGCACCAAAAGUAGAACUAAGCGCUCAUGUUGGUGUAAAGGACCGCUUAUCACUUUCCGCAGAGUUAAGCCAACGCGUAGGAAAAGCUUGUGGUAACUCAGGUUUACGUGAAUUGGAGUUUGAAGCUACACGGGUGCCUAAUCGCCAUUGUCAGCAGCAAACCUCGCCAGCUGGGAGCUGUUUCAGUUACUUGGAGGAGCGAAGGCGUCAAAGGCCCGUCUGUCAUACCAAGACAAGCUGUGGUAGCGGGUUUACGAGAGAUAACUCUGCAGUUCCAUGCUCAAAUGCUUUGAAUUCGUUCGACAUGGAAGCAGUUGCAACUAAAAAUGGUGCACGUCGUCUAUCUGCCGAUUCAAGUAAUUUCAGUAAUAGUUCUUAUAACCUUAGCCAAAUGACGCGUAUGAGCAGCCCCAGUUAUCGUAGUCACUCUGUUUGUACGAUUGCUUCUAUAACAGCUGCUGAUGAGCAUCAGCGUGAAUGUCACAUUUGCCAAUGCUAUCGGAAAGUUUUCUCAUAACUCAACUUUAUCAGUUUACAGCAAGUUUACAGUAUCUCAUAUAGAUAAUAAUAAAUACAAAUAUGAUCGUAUAGUA